UCCAACGUUCAUCUUCUUCUCCUCGUUUUCCUUCUCCAAAAACACAAUCACAGUAGUCACGAAAGGUGCUGCUUUCUGACUUUGAUUGGAGGGACUUUUGCGGGUGGUUUGCCUAAAUCCUACCAGCAACGAAAUAGUGGGGGGCAAAUAAACACUCUAAGAAGAGUGAUCUAAUCACGCCUUCAAUCGUUCUCUUCCAUACUGUUUACGUGACACAUUCUCUUUUCUCUCAUGGCACUUGGUGACAUUUUGAGAGAGGGACAAUGAACACUUCGCCAUAGCUUAUAUAGUGAACACGAAAAGAGGGUUAAUCAACAAUACAGAGUUGGCUGGUAGCCUCAAAAUUGGUAGAGGAUGAGUAAUUCAGUAAAGUUAAAUGUUCGCAAAUAUUCCCAUAGAGAUUGAUUGGUCAUCAUUGUUCGUCCAACAAAUAACAUAACUUUGCUAAAUCACUCACCUUCUCAAGAGACCGUAUCUUUCAAAUAUCCAAAUAACUCUGUGAUUUACUAGCUGUAUUUUGAUUAGGUAGGAAUUUGCCCAAUACUAAUUGAGAACUAGGAAUGUCGACCUGACUCGUUUUAUUCAAACUGUAUGACCUGUUUCGUGGUGGGUAUUACCCGCCUCGUAGGUUUGGUGGGGCGAGCAUGAAUAGUAUCGUUGCCCUGAUCCGUCUCAUUUCUAACUUGUUCUUACUUAUAUCACAUUUAAUUUUUCCCAAAUUACUUAGCAUUUUGCCUUUAAUAGCUCAUAUUUUAACUAUAACAAAGUUAUACAUACUCGAGAAUCUCAAUUUUCAAAUAAUUUAACUACAUUCAUCAUGUUAUAGUUUGUUUCUUAAUUUUUUAUUAAAUGAAAAAUUAAUAUUUUAUGUUUAAAUUGCAGACUCAUAUGGAUUGACCUUCUCGACACACUCCAAGAUAAAUUAUUCAACCUGAAUCCGAUUUCCACGAGACAAAUAUGAUUAUCAAAAUACCCACCCCAACCUAUCCAUUGUCUUUCCUAUCGAAAACACCUUUACACUUCCCGUUUUCAAAUUAUCCGACUUAAACCCAAAAUGUUACUAUGAAACAAUACCGAGUUACCCACCAAAAACCGGUCAUUGCCACUCCUACUAGAAACGCCUCUAUACUUGCCGAUUUCGGAUGGAAAAAUGGCAGGGAAAAAAAAAAACAUUAUUCUCCGGUAGCACACAAACCCGAGAAACAAAAGCCUCAAAUUGCCGCGUACAAACUCAUCGAAAAUCCUCCUAAGCCCGUGGGCCCAGCGCGUGCGUAGGGUAAGCGUGUCCUCUUCCUCCCUCGUUAACUCCACACUAACCAACCAACCGCGGGCGCCGAACUCAAAUCCCAAAAUCCAAACCUCUCCGCUGUCCCUUCCGUUCUCCCUUCUUCUUCUUCCCCCAUAUGUCCCGCCGGCAACACCUUUCCCUUCCACAUCUCUCCAACCCUAAACCCAAAUUACAAAACGACAAAAUACCCAAAAGCUCCUUCCGGCGGGCGGACGGACGGACGGACGGACUGAGCCCGCUAAAUCUCUUCCACACCUCCAAAGAGAUUUAUUAAUUAAAAUAAUUAUUUAUUAUUAUAAAGUAAUCGCCGGAUUUUUCAGGACUCAGUCCUUCCUUCUUUGGAUUUACCCCCUUCCAUCUCAACUCGGUCCUCCCUUAUAAUCUCCCUCCUCCUCCAUUUUCCCCUAUUCCUCUCCAUCUUCCCCCUCCAAACUUCCUCAAUUGAGGUUAACAAUGGCGAACAACAACAACAACUACCACACUCGGCGCGGCCCUCCCACCGCUUCCCCGCCGGGAAUCCAGUUCAGCAACUCCCGCGACUUCGACAGCGACAUCGGCAGCAGCCUCGAGUUCGCGACCUACACGGUCCACAUCCCUCCCACUCCCGACAAUCAGCCGAUGGAAAUUUCGAUGGACUCGGCCCAAUCUUCCCCUCCUUUCAUCCCGAUCAACCGGAACCCUUCGACUUACAUGUCCAAUUCCAUGUACCGCCGGCAGAAUUCCGGCGCCAUGACCACCAUGAACCACCUCCCCUCCUCCGUCGUCGUCUCCGGCGGCGGCGGAGGCGAAAAUCGGUGCCAGGUCCCCGGGUGCGACGCAACCGCGAUGACGGACGAUCGCGGGGACUCGGUCUACCCGUGCGAUUGCGAGUUCAGGAUCUGCAGCGACUGCUUCAAGGAUGCGGAAGGGGUUUGCCCCGGCUGCAAGAGCAGUUACCGGGGCGGCGGGGAUUACGGGUCGGCUCAGUUGGAUCGGACGCUGACGACGAUGAAGAACCCGCGGAUGUUCGAUUCGACGGAUUCGGAUUUCUUGUUCGAGGAUUCGAAGAAGGAUUAUGGGUACGGGAAUGCUGCGUGGUCGAGUGAUGGCAAUAAUGAGGACGGCGGUGGCGGCGGCGGAGGGGAUCCGAAUUUGCUUGUGGAUAAGCAGCGGAAGCCUCUCACCCGUACAGUCAGUAUUCCGGCCACGAUUCUGGGUCCAUACCGGUUGCUUAUAGUCAUCCGGAUGGUAGCACUUGCAAUGUUCAUAGAAUGGCGGGUAACAAACCCAAACGAGGAUGCAAUCUGGCUAUGGGGGAUGUCAGUAGUAUGCGAGCUCUGGUUCUCCUUCUCAUGGCUACUCGACCAGCUCCCCAAGCUCUGCCCAGUCAAACGCGUGGUGGACCUUGAAGUCCUCAAGGAAAAAUUCGAGACUCCAUCCCCCACCAAUCCCGCCGGCAAAUCCGAUCUCCCCGGGGUCGACAUCUUCGUCUCCACAGCCGACCCGGAGAAAGAACCCCCGCUCACCACCGCCAACACGAUCCUCUCCAUCCUCGCCGCCGACUACCCCGUCGAGAAGCUCUCUUGCUACGUCUCCGACGACGGCGGAGCUCUCCUCACUUUCGAGGCCAUGGCGGAGGCUGCCAGCUUCGCCCGGCUUUGGGUCCCCUUCUGCCGCAAGCACAACAUCGAGCCGAGAAAUCCGGAGUCUUAUUUCAAUCUGAAAACGGACCCGUAUAAGAAUAAGGUCCGGGCUGAUUUCGUCCGGGAUCGACGGAGGGUUAAGAGGGAGUACGAUGAGUUUAAGGUGUGCAUUAAUGGUUUGCCGGAGUCGAUUCGACGGCGUUCGGAUGCGUAUAAUACGCACGAGGAGAUCAAGGCGAUGAAGAAGGUUAAGGAGAUGGGAGAUGACGAGAAUUUUGAGAGGAUUAAGGUCACCAAAGCGACUUGGAUGGCAGAUGGUACUCAUUGGACCGGGACUUGGACCACGCCGGGGCCGGAGCACACUCGCGGCGACCAUGCCAGCAUUAUUCAGGUAAUGCUGCAGCCGCCGAGCAACGAGCUAAUGAAAGGACCGGGCUCCGACGGCAACUCAAUGGACCUAUCUGACGUGGACAUGCGGCUGCCAAUGCUGGUCUACGUCUCCCGCGAGAAGCGCCCUGGCUACGACCACAACAAAAAGGCGGGGGCGAUGAACGUUUUGGUUCGAGCUUCGGCGAUCAUGUCUAACGGUCCCUUCAUCCUCAACCUCGAUUGCGACCACUACAUCUACAAUUCCGAAGCAAUUCGUGAAGGGAUGUGCUUCAUGAUGGAUGCCGGUGGUGACCGCUUGUCUUAUGUUCAGUUCCCUCAACGAUUCGAAGGGAUCGACCCAUCGGAUCGAUACGCGAACCAGAACACGGUCUUCUUCGACGUCAACAUGCGGGCUCUUGAUGGAAUCCAGGGCCCUGUGUAUGUCGGCACAGGUUGUAUGUUCCGACGGACCGCCCUCUACGGGUUUGACCCGCCGGAGGCGGAAAAGUACGGGAAGAAGAGUAGUAAGAAGUCUGCCUCCGCCAAUGCUGCACCUACUUUCGACUCUGCUCCUGAUCAAUCCAGCCAGUCUUCUUAUGGUAUGGAGGACAUGGACGAUGAAUCGAUGAACAUCGCUCUAAUCCCAAAGAAGUUUGGGAAUUCGAGCAUGCUCGUCGAUUCGAUUCGAGUCGCCGCCUAUCAAGGCCUACCUCUUGCAGAUCAUCCAUCAAUUAAAAACGGACGUCCUCCAGGCGCACUCCUAGCUCCACGUCCGCCACUCACGCCGGGGACAAUCGCCGAGGCCGUCAAUGUGAUCUCUUGCUGGUACGAGGACAAAACAGAGUGGGGAGUCAAUGUUGGCUGGAUCUACGGCUCCGUGACAGAGGAUGUGGUCACCGGAUUCCGUAUGCACGAGAGAGGGUGGAGAUCUGUUUAUUGCGUGACGAAACGCGACGCUUUCCGCGGCACAGCUCCGAUCAACCUCACGGACCGUCUCCACCAGGUGCUUCGAUGGGCGACGGGAUCGGUGGAGAUCUUCUUCUCCCGCAACAACGCCUUGCUGGCCGGGCGUCGCCUCAAAUUCCUCCAGCGGAUCGCCUACCUCAACGUCGGGAUCUACCCUUUCACGUCCAUCUUCUUGAUCGUCUACUGCUUCCUUCCAGCACUCUCCCUCUUCGCCAACAAGUUCAUCGUCAAUUCGCUCGACGUCAACUUCCUCAGCUACCUCCUAGUCAUCACCAUCACAUUGACCAUGUUGGCGGUUCUGGAAAUCAAAUGGUCGGGGAUCGCGUUGGAGGAAUGGUGGAGGAACGAGCAGUUCUGGUUGAUUGGUGGGACCAGCGCCCAUCUCGCUGCUGUUCUACAGGGGCUUUUGAAAGUGGUUGCUGGAAUUGAGAUCUCUUUUACACUGACUUCCAAAUCUGCAGCUGAUGAGGACGACGAGUAUGCCGAGCUGUACCUGAUCAAGUGGACGUCGUUGAUGAUCCCUCCCUGCGUGAUCAUCAUAGUGAACAUCGUGGCGAUUGCGGUGGGAUUCUCAAGGACGAUCUACAGUGCGAUUCCCCAGUGGAACAAUCUGAUCGGUGGCGCGUUUUUCAGCUUCUGGGUGUUGGUUCAUAUGUACCCGUUUGCGAAAGGGUUGAUGGGACGGCGUGGGAAAACUCCGACGAUCGUGUUUGUGUGGUCUGGACUGAUUUCUAUUUGCAUUUCCUUGUUGUGGGUUGCGAUAAACCCGCCUGCUGGGCAGAAUCAAAUCGGUGGGUCUUUCCAAUUGCCGUAACGAUGAUUGCUGCUUUUACAGUAGAGCUUUUGUGAAUGGGACUACACGAAGCUUUUCUUCUUUGACAGUCCAGCUUAGGAUACUUUUGAUUUUGGGCAUAGAGGUUUGAAAGUGGCCGAAAGGAAGGGAACAUGUAAUUCAUUUGUUUUUUCUUUUAUACUUUGAACCAAUAUACUGUUACAAUGCUAACACAAAGUUAUAUGACUAAAGUUGAUGAAUGGGUAAUGAUGUUUAACCUUGGUAACAUUACAUGAUCGUAAUUAGCGCACUAAAUUAUGGUACUUAACAUUUGAAAAACAAGUUAGUGGGGGUACAAAUGGCUAUGAAGUAUGAACACAAAAUCUCGGAAUCAUUAACGCAACUCAUCAUGAGACAUUCACAUGACGAGUGACACACUUUAUGAACAUAAUAAUCAUACUUCUCACCGGAAAAGUUUCACCUAAUAAUGAUAACAAAAGCUACUUUAGUUUUUAUGGCCUCCUCCACGUUGAUCAUGGAUGCUUCCCCGCCCCACGUGUGUGCUAAAAUGCUAACUGAGAUUUGACAAAAUGCUUAUAGCUUAAUCUCUGGUUAUAAUGAUUGAUCUGGAUAGAAUCCAAGGCGACGUCGUAGAUACAUAACCGCCGCCGUAGCUUGCUUCCAGUUCAUCAGUGCCUGCAUCAGAGAGUCCAUUAACCUGGUUUGGAUCGUUGAAGAGAGAUAUGGUAUCCCGUCACCUGAUGUUUCGUUGUUGUUAUUGACUCAUUAUGUUUCUACUCUGUUUCACGCUGCUUGUAUUGCGCUAUUUAGAUGUGUUACAUAGUACUCUGUUUCAUGUUGUUGUCGAGCAAGGUUGUUAAACCCCUAUCGAACCUUCGGUUAGACCCGGUUCGACCCGGCUCGAGCUUCAAAACGGUCUCCAGAAAGCCCUCCAGUCCGUAACCGUGGAUAUCCACCCGAAUCCGGCCUAAUCGGGUAGGGUAAAAUCCAAACCCAAAGGACAUUUAGUGGGUAUGGGUAAAAUCCGAAUCCGAAUAUUGCGGGUAAUGGGUGGGCAUGGGUUUCUCAAUAUCCAACCCGAACCCGCCCGAUUAUACACAUGCAUAUGUACUCUGUCUAGAAAUAAUCAUUUUUUUCUCUAACAUAUUUUAUAUUUAGCAUAUAAAUAUAAUAUUUUCAUGAAAUUGUGUUGUUUUAAUUAAUUUUCUUCAUUUAGUGAAUUAUCGUACUUUUCUUCUUACGUAAUGUGAGAAUACGUGUGAAUGUUAACAUAUUGGUUAUAGUUAUGAAGAAAAAUCAUUACCCAUGGAUAACCGCGGAUACCCGAAACCCAAACGAGUAUGGGCAUGGCUUUAAUUUUCUGCCCGUUUCACAUGUGGGUAUGGGUAUGGUAAAAUCCGAACUACUUUGGGUAGGUAACGGAUAUGCACUAUCCGUCCCCGACCCGACCCAUUGCCAUCCCUAGCGAUUUACACGAAAACUGCUGGGCGGGGGCGCGGUUUUCAAUGCAAACCGCGGGGCUAAGGGGUGGUUAUAAAAAAAAAAAUUGGACCAAACCGCUGGGUGGGGUGGCGGUUCGGCCCAAAACCGCCACCCCACCCAGCGGUUUGGUCCAAUUUUUUUUCUUUUUUUUUUUCGAUCAACUCCUAACUUCGGCCGAAACUUCUAACGAACGUAACUUUGCACUCGGGUAUCCGAUCGUAGCAAUUUUUUUUUGUUUCGCAUAACUUUUCAAGAUCUACAACUUUUACUAGGAUGAAAUUUUCAAAACAGGAAUUAUUUGUGGAUAUACGGGACCUUGGGAACAACUUUACCUUUACUUUUCACAAAUCCAUGUACAUUUUGAAAUUAUGAUUAUGUUAAAAGUUGUAGAUCUUGAAAAAUUAUACGGAAUAAAAAAAAAUUCAUGACGUUCGGAUUUUGGAGCACAAAGUUAUGGCCGCCCAAAGUUGGACGAAAUAAAAAAAAGGCUCGUUCGGGGUGGCAAAUGAUGUUUUUUCGAGACGAAGGCGGGACCCGUUGGUUUGCGGCUUGCAAGAUCUCAAAAAGUUAUUCGGAUUCAAAAAAUGGAGGCUGCAAACUUUUUGAGAUCUUGCAAGCCGCAAACCGCCGGGUCUCGCCUUUCGUCAAACUUUGGGCGGCCAUAACUUUGUGCUCCAAAAUCCGAACGUCAUGAAAUUUUUUUUGAUUCCGCAUAACUUUUCAAGAUGUACAACUUUUAAGAAAAUCAUAAUUUCAAAAUGUACAUGGAUUUGUGAAAAGUAAAGGUAAAGUUAUUCUUAAGGUCUCGUAUAUCCACAACUAAUUCCUGUUUUGAAAAUUUCAUCCAAGUAAAAGUUGUAGAGCUUGAAAAUUUAUGCGACAUGAAAAAAAAAUCGCUACGAUCGGAUACCUGAGUGCAAAGUUAUAUUCAUUUGAAGUUUCGACCGAAGUUAGGAGUUGAUCGGAAAAAAAAUGUGGACCAAACCGCUGGGUGGGGGUUUUUGGGCCAAACCGCCACCCCAACCAGCGGUUUGGUCCAUUUUUUUUUAUAACCACCCCUUAGCCCCGCGGUUUGCAUUGAAAACCGCGCCCCCGUCCAGCAGUUUUCGUGUAAACCGCAGGGUGGAGUGGCGGUUUUUGAAAAAGAGUGGUAUUUUUGGAAUUUUUUGGGGUUUGGUGGUAUUUUUGAAAUUGUUUUUUUAAACAAUGGUAUUUCUGGAAAAAGUCCAAAUUUAUUGGCAUAAUCCUUCCCACUAUGGGAUUUUGGCACAAAAACGCAUUUGAAAAGGGGAGAUAUUUUGAGAUUAUACACCGUAAAAAUAAUUGAUUUUGGAGUUUUGAAAUACUCGAGCCUAAACUAUUUCGAAAUUCCCCAUUUAUCUUCUUCACUCUUCCAAAACAUCAUCUCCUCCACCAAUUAAUAGGGGCGCCAUGGUAAUUUCCAACCACAUUGUUUAUUUUAUUUUUGUCACGAAUUUUAGAUGCGACAUAUUUUGACCAAAAUGUAAAUCAUCGAAUCUCUCAUUCUCAAAUGGCCAACUGAUCUGGACCUAAAUCUGAGCAUUUUUUAUAGUAAUCUGAAAAUACAAACUAUUAUAUAUAAUAAUCAUAAAUAUUGACAAAUAUAAUUUAAUAAAACUAAUUAUUUAGACAAUAAUGCUUAAAUAAUAAUUCAUUGUAAUAAUCAUUGAACGAGCAACCCUCCCCUUUUCUAAUCUUCCUUAAGUUGUUGUCAUUGGCAACCCUCCCCUUUUCUCUUUUGUACUCCUUUUUUCUGUUGUCCAUCUAUGCUCCCAAAUCCACUUUGGAGUUCUACCUUCCGCCUCUUGUUUGGUAUGAUUUUCUUUGAUGCUCUACUCUGAUUCAUCAUAUUUAUAAAGCCUUUCGUUUGUGUUGGCAAAGUGUGGUUGAUUUAGGUAAAAUAAUCAACAUCCCUUCUCGUCUUCUCGCCUGUCUUCUAUCUCCUCGGUUCACCCAACAUAUCUCGGUGAUUCGGAUGCAGUAGCUCUCCUCGAUAAAUCGGCUCAGAUGCGGAUGAAAGAUUAGAAUGCACAAACUAAAUCCAUGUUUUCAUCGUCGGGUGCCCAUUGUUAUGAAGUUCUUCUCAUGGUUAGGUUCUUAGAGGUAAGACACAAGGAGGUAAGGUUUCAGAUAAUUUUAUGACUCUUGUUUGCUUAUCUUCUUCUGAUCUUCUUCUCGGGAUGACAUUCUCUAGAAACUUGAUUUCCAGUUUGGUGGGUGGUGGCCGCCAUGUGCUGAAGUCUCUAUCAAAACGGUCAAUGGAGUGACAUGAGGCUUGGGUUUGGAGAGUCUAAGUUGUCCAUGUGCUGAAACUCGAUCUUCUGUGAAAUAUGCCUCUUUUAUGAUUUUCUCCUUUGCCUAAAUCUAUCUUUAGACUUCUAAGUUGAACAUUUCAAUAUUGAUGUUAUAUAUGAGUGAGUUUGAAUUUUCACUAUAUGUUGGAUCCAAGUACGAACUGUUAUUUUAGUGUAAUGUUAUAUGUUAUUAUCCAUAUGUUAGAUGUGGUUUAAUAUAAUAUAUAAAUAUAUGAACAAGAUAAUGAUUUCUUUUAUAUAUUUGGACUAAAUUGAGCUAAAAUGAUCGGAUUAUUAAUCCUAAACCUACUUGCUUUAAUAGACCAACAGGUGAAACGUAGGGAUGGCAAAAAUAUCCGUAACCGUGGAUAUCCGCCCGAAUCCGACCUUGUCGGGUGGGUAAAAGCCGAACCCGAAUGAUUUUUAGCGGGUACGGGUAAAACCCGAACCCGAAUAUUGCGGGUAAUGGGUGGGCAUGAUUUUCUCACUAUCCAACCCGAACCCGCCCGAUAUACACAUGCAUAUGUAUUUUGUCUAGAAACAAUCAUUAUUUUUUUCUAAUAUAUUUUAUAUUUAGCAUAUAAAUAUAAUGUUUUCAUGAAAUUGUGUUGUUUUAAUGAAUUUUCUUCAUCCUAGUGUAUUAUUGUCAUCCUUUUUGUCUUACGUAAUGUGAGAAUACAUAUGAAUAUUAACAUAUUGGUUGAAGUUAUAAAGAGAAACUAUUACCCAUGGAUAACCGUGGAUACCCGAAACCCAAACGGGUAUGGGCAUGUUUUCGAUUUUCUACCCGUUUCUUAUGUGGGUAUGGGUAUGGGUAAAACCCGGACUACUUUGGGUAGGGUAACGGAUAUGAACUAUCCGCCCCCGACCCGACCCAUUGCCAUCCCUAGUGAAACGAGUUAACAACCUUGUUGACGACUGAUAGAGACCCUCUUUCUCCAUCUCUCCCCCUUUCUUCAGUUCCUUAAUUAGGAAAAAUUUAAUAUGAUCACAACCCUUUUUGUGAGUAUAUACUCACACGAAGGGAUGGAGUGCCACGUCGCCCAAGUUGAGGUCCUAGGGUUGGAGCUCAGUAGCUCAAAGAAUGACUCAUUUAAGUGGAUUUUGGUGGCUUUUUGGCUAAGAGCCAAGCCAGCCGAGAGAACUCAUAUCCAAUAUAAAAAAUCAACAUCAUUAUAAAAAAUACAUACCAAUAUGAAAAAUCAUGAUAUGAAAUCUGGUCGAGAUGUUCUUCAUCGAUCUCCUUGAGAGAGGGAGAGAGGGGGAGAGAGAGAGGGAGGGGGGAGGAGGGGAGGGGAAGGGCGGGGAGUGAGGGGAGGCAGGCGGCGAUGAGCGGUCGUGGGAGGGACGAAUGGCGGUGGGAGCUGUUGUUGGAUAUAAAGUGGGAGGAAGUGA